CCCUAUACAGUUCAAGUGAAAUUGAUGGAUUUACUCGAAGUGUCUGGUCGUGGAAUUCGGAGGCUUACCUAUUCAAGACUCUCAUUAUGGAUCUAGUUCAAUCUAACGUUUUCCGUGCCACAGACUUCCGGAUCACCCAGCCAUCGAAUGCGUGCUAACCCCCCUCUCGCUAGCAUCGUCUUCCAGAAGUUCCUCCUCCAUGACGAAGAGAUCGGAGCGGAGACAGUCCUAGCUAUGCAGAGGAUAUAUGAGUCAUUCGGUUUAUUCACCCCUCCUUUCAGGUUCCCGGCGGAAGUGGAUGCGAUUGACAUAGUCAGAGGAGAGGUCAACUUGAAGGGUGUUGCGGAGGAGAUAGCCAAUAUUCGUGAAGGUGCAGAGAUACUCUAUUGCCACAGUUUGUUUCGAAUUCGAGAUCUUUGGAAAACCCUGCUGGCGAUGUGUUCGAUCAAUAAUAUUCUUGGCACAGCCUGAGCGUCACAGCUUUCGAUCAUAAGUUCUGACUGUACUUAUUCUGUCCUUCAUCCUGUAGCUCACGCAUCGGAGUUAGCAUAUGCACUUUGCAUGGCUUCACUCUCCCGUGGCUGUUAUCUGAAAUAAGGACUGUUAAGGGGC